GUUAGGUUAUGUUAUUGUUGCUCGUUGAUUUAAAUUCCAAAUAAAAUUAAAAUAACUUUCUUUCUUAGACUAAAAUAUAACUGUCUAGAAGUUAUGAGUGCCAUUAACAAUAUAUUUGACCGGAUUCAAAAAUUAACUCAUGAGGAAGGUCAAACUGAUUUUGUGUCAGUACUAUUAAAUGCAGUCAUUAAAAACGAACCACAUCAAGCAGAAUCUAAUGUGGACUAUCAAGUUCUUAAAAACUUUUUACUAAAGAUUUUUAAGGAGAUUGAUGAUUUAUCUGCCGAAAUAAAGAAAGACGAGACUAUACUUAUUAGUGUUCGUAAUCAAAAACUCUUACGGACCUGUUUUCAGCUAGUUGCCUCACUUGGUUUCUUUCCAAGUCUUAUUCCAGGCUUGGGCAUUAACCUCAACAAAAGAUCUGCAUUUGCUGGUGCGUUGUCGCCUAUUACUUUAACGGAUGAACAGAAAUAUGAACUUCUAGUUGCCUGCACAGACUUUAUUAAAAGGUGCUAUGAAAUCCCAGUCUUAAAGAAUAUUAUCUUAACAUUUCAUAUGUCUGAUUACUUAGCAGCAUUGAUACAGUUGUCAUUUGCGCCGCUGAAGAAACCAGGCACUUAUCAGAACUUUACAAUGACUCAAGAAAUGUAUGACAGACUCAAUUCUGAGAGACAAAAAUAUGUGCAGGUUUAUGAACAUUUAGUUGCUAAUUGUUUCCAACCAAUUCUUAUGAAAGAAUUGUUGGUGUUACAAAGUGUGACUGAUCCUUCCCCACCAAUGUUUGUCAAAAGGGUUGUAGCAAAGGAGAUGAGUAGGCGACUUCUUGCACCAGGAGGCUUGUUGAGCCUUAUCCGAUGCUUCAUAGAAAGCUACAACAUUGAUACUGGGUUUGAGUGGAAGAAAAUCAACAUGAUAUGUAAAAUAGUUUCAGCUAAACAUGGUACUGAGUCAGAAGACAACUACUUGAAAAAUAUUUGCUCUCAGUUAAUGCAAAUAUUGACACAGAAUAACACUCAUUAUCUAGCCACAGCUGUGGCUUGCGUUAUAGCACUGGGUGAAAAAUAUCCCCAAGUGAAGCAUGUUCAGUUAUUAAUGAAGGAAAUAUUCCAAGCAUUUGAUUAUAAACACUUGCUAUCAAAAUCUGACUUGCCAGGUACUGUUAUUCUGUCACCUCAAGAGGUUGAACAUAAGGUGAAUGUUUUACAUGCAUGUGUCUGCACAUCUAGAUUGGAAUGCCCCAUGACACUUAUAAUCCCUAACUUGAGCAUACUUUUCCUACUAGGUAUAAAGUGUACCAAGAAUGAGGAACUAAAGAUUAAGAUAAAAGAAAUAGUAUUGAAAUGUUUAGAACAACUGAAUAAGAAUAAGAUUUCAAGUAUGGUUAAGAAAUUUCUUUUUGGAGAUGCAUCAUUAUCAAAAGUGACAGUUGAUGAAUUUGAAGCUGGACUCACUAUUAAAUGUGUAUCUUUUAAAACUGAACAUUCUAUAAGUGAGGCAAGGUUAUACUUUUUAAGUCUAUUUAAAGUUGCUGUUGACAGUGAUUUUGUUCAAAAUGUAUUUGAGGCAUCUUUGCACAUACUGGUUGAACUCAGUAAGAAAAGAAAGACCAAGUCUAAAAAUGACAUGUUGCUGUCAGAAGAUGACGAAUUCAAACUGGAUGAUACAGAUGAACAAUAUGCUAAUAUUCUUCAGCUACUUUCUGAAAUAUCUACAUCACCUAAAGUUGUUUCAUCUUUGAAACAAAAUCCAUCUAUAGUAGUAGAGUUCAUAGAAUAUUUCAUAAUAAAUAAUGACGAAAAUUCAAAUGAAGAAUGUACAACUGUUGCCUUAGUGCUAUUGAACACAAUACUAUCAAAUACGGAGAAAGAAUCCAAAUUACAAGAAAGGCUAAAUGUGUUAGUACCAGUAUUAAAGAAGAUGUCUAAGAGCGAGUUUGAAUUUAACAACAUACUGUGUGAAGAAGCGCUUUCGUUGAUUUCUUCAAAUAAUCCGAGAAGGGCUGAAACAGCGUGCGACAAAGCUAUAUCUAACGCAUUUGAUAACCUGCUGCCUGUUAGGGCUCAUGGAAUCAUUGAGCUGACUAAACUUAUUGAUGCCAAGGACCCCGAGACUUUGUCAAGGAAGCAUUACAUCUUCUGCUUAUUUCAGGAACAGCUCAAAGACACUGACUCGUACGUUUACUUAGCAGCCAUUAACGGGAUCGCGUCGCUAGGAACUCACUGUACAGAAGAUGUCCUCCAAGUGUUAUGCAAGGAGUUCCUUCAAUUAACCUCUGAGCUUAAAUCUAUAGAAACUAAAGACGACCAGAACAAAACAGCCGAAAUGCGAAUGAAGAUUGGUGACGUCAUUGUGAAAGUUACCAAAAGGCUAGGCGAAAUGGCGGCUGCAUAUAAAACCAUACUGCUCAAUACGAUGCUUUGUGGAUGCAGAGAUGAGGAUCCGCUAAUACGAACGUCAGCUCUUUCCAACUUAGCGGAAAUCGCCCUGGUCUUACAUUAUAAAAUAGGAACUAUUAUUUACGAGGUGUUGUUGUGUAUAUGGAGCAUAAUAGAAUCCGACAAAGCAGUGGAAUGUCGUCGAGCAGCCGUAAUGGUUAUAUCCAGUUUACUAAAGGGCUUGGGCAAAGAAACCUUGAUACAAUUGAAAGAAAACCUCCUUCCUGUAUACAGAACUUUAAAGAAUCUAUAUAGGGAUGAAAACGAAGACUCAGUUGUCAGACUACACGCACAAAUUGCUCUAGAAGAACUAAAUGACACUGUCACCCAGUUGAUGUUCCCUGAAUUGAAGAUGGAAAAACAAAUAUUCGUCCUAGACAAACCAGAAGAUGUCUACAAAUAAAGCAGUAAGUCACACACAA